UAGAUUCACGAUGAACUUAAUCCUUGACGAGGCGCGAUAUCGAAAAUGCGCAUCCAGAUUAUCCCUUCCUGAUCAUGUCCGCUCUCACACCACACACCAGCCUCGCACCGUCUUGUGUAGUUGGUGACGCUAGCCCGGCGUCUUCACCGCCUGAACCGCACAACCGAUUUGCCCCAUCGCUCUUCGGUGAGGUCCGGGCCCAAGUUGCAACAAGAACAAUCCACGGUAUAUACCCGCGAGCUUCCGCCCGAGGAUCCUCACCGCCCAUCCUCACGUUCAACCGACAUGCCCCUGCCAGACGGCCUUAUACUUGUGACCGGUGGACACGGCUUCAUCGGCGGCAAUAUGGCUCGCCAUCUCGCUGGCAGCAUUGGUCGACGCAAGAUACGCAUCGUUGACAUCUCUCGUACUGCUUAUCUCGAGCCACCGGCCGACGCAGAGGUUCUGAUUGGCAACCUCUGCGACCCAGCCUUCUGCAAGACGGCCGUACGUGGUGUGAAGACGGUGCUGCACUUCGCUGCCACGAUGGGCGGCGUGGGUGUCAUUCACUCAGCCAAUGACUUCACCAUUUACCAAGAGAAUCACCGCAUGACUCUCAACUUGCUCGCGGCCGCUGUAUCCGCAGGGGUCAACCUAUUCUUCUACGCGUCGUCGGCCUGCGUUUAUCCGAAUUCCCUGCAGGGCGCCGACAACAAGGAUGUCUCCCUGAAGGAAGAUGACGCUUACGCGCAGUUGCCGCCGAGUCCCCAGGGGUUGUACGGUCUCGAGAAGCUCAACACCGAAAAUGUGCUCUUCCAGUACACCUCUGGCUUGAGUAUUCGCAUCGCACGAUUUCACAAUGUUUACGGACCAGGCGGAAGCUGGGUCGGCGGCCGAGAGAAAGCACCCGCUGCCUUCCUCCGAAAGGCUCUCGCUCUCAAGCGUACCGAGGCGUCGACAAAAGAGAUGGAGAUAUGGGGUAGCGGUGACCAGAGGCGCAGCUUCUGCUUCAUCGACGACGCAGUCGAAGCCAUCCUCGCGCUCAUCCAGUCGGACUGCGAGGAGGUCGUCAACAUCGGAGACGAUCGUUCGGUUACUGUCCGAGAGCUGGCGGACAUCGCGAUCCGCUGUGCUGACCUUAACCGCGCCGACGUGCAGUACCACUACGUGCACGACAAGCCCGUCGGCGUGGCCUCACGCAACUCAAAUAACGACCGUGUACGGAAACUCUUGGGCUGGUCUCCGAAGACCACGCUUGAGGAGGGAAUGCGUAGCACUGGGGGGUGGAUCGCCGGAGAGAUGGAUCAGGCGUUGAAUCACUUGAAGCAGUCGGAGCGAGCGGACGUGCUCCGUCGGUGGACGACGAGCGAGAAGAUCGACUUGCAGGCCGAGGCAACCACUUUUGCCAUCCUACUUCCGAUCACGUCGCGAGGAUCCGCGUCGCCGGACGACUGCUUGGAUAAUCUCGCCCGCUUCGCGCGAUCCCUGGCGCUGACGACGAAGGACGACAUCGCGAGGCUCGGAGUGCGAUAUCGCGUCCGUAUCUAUCUUGCGAUUGACCACGACGACGACUUUCUCUUGACGUGCGGCAAGGAGGGUAACAGGGCCGAACGUGUCUUGCGGCAAGAAGGCUUGUCCCAGCUUUCGACCAUUUUUUGCCACCAUCCCCGGGGCCAUGUAUGCGCGUUAUGGCGCGACUGCGCCCGUGCAGCAUGGAAGGACGGUGCGGACUACAUGACGUUGAUGGGCGACGACGUUAUCUUGCAAGACGCUUCCUGGAUGUCCGCCGCCGUCGAUGCAUUCGAGCAGUUGUCCGUCGAACACGGUGUACCGCUUGGGUUUGGCUGCGUUGCCUUUAUGGAUACAUCAUUCCCCGGUAUGCCGACCUUCCCCGUGGUGCAUCGCAUGCACAUGGACAUCUUCAAGGGCGAGGUCAUCCCGGAUAUGUUCGUGAAUCAGGACGGGGACCCAUUUCUCUUCCAGCUGUACCGCCGCUGGGGCUGCUCGCGUAUGAUGCUGCCUCGCGUAUCCAAUGCUGUUGGAGGAAGUGAAGGUGCCCGAUACCACAAGGUGUCCGCCGUUGGUUGGACGUACGGUCCUCUUGACGAUGCGACCACCGCCGUAGAGUCAUGGCUCUGCGAACAUCGCCAGCUCGUCGAGCGCAAACUGACCAUUGACGUCGUCAUCCCGUGCUAUCGGGUCAACCUCACCUACGUGCAUAGGUUCCUGGCUCUACGUCCAUCAUCGACGUGUACCGUCAUGUUCAUCAUCAUCGUUGAUGAUCCUUGCUCACCGAACAUCGCUGCCUUGAUGGGUAGAUACGCACAUCGUCCAGACAUCCGCAUCCGCGUCAACGCUCAGAACAUGGGCGCUUCUGCGGCUCGGAACAGAGGCCUCCAAGAGUCCUCCGCUGAAUGGGUCCUUUUCUUGGACGACGACGUCACGCCAGAAGACAACAUCCUGAUAGAAACGGAGAAAGUCAUCCGUACGAACCCCAGCGCAGCUGGGUUCGUGGGGACUGCUCUCUUCCCCGUCGCCGACACUGUCGCAACAGCAGCUGUUCACCUAGCAGGGGUUACUUACUUUUGGGAUAUUGCGAGGAAGCGCGCAGACGAUAAUGAUCUCCCAUGGGGCGUCACGGCAUGUCUCGUUGCCAGGCGUCACAUGGAGGAUAAUAUCGUCUUCGACUUGGGGUUUCCGAAGACCGGCGGAGGCGAAGACAUAGACUAUUGCCGUAGGAAGCGCGACUUCUCCUUUGCCCACGGCGGUGUCGGCUUCUGUGCGGCACCGGACGUUGUUGUCACCCAUCCCUGGUGGAAGCAGGGCCGCAGGUCCUGGUGGCGUUUCUACAUGUGGAGCAAGGGUGACGGGGCUCUCGUCGCCAAGUACCCCAAGUUCACAUACCGACAAGCUGCCCCGAAUAGCGCGGAGUCGCUGGUCCUUUGCGCGGUCUUGACGGUCGGUGCCUGCACCAUCUCCCUGUUGACGAGUGGAGCAACGAGCACAGUGCUACGGAUAGCUUUCUUGGGUACUCGGGCGUGCCUCUCUCUCUUGGCCGCCAACAUUGCGCAUGACCUCUAUCGCCAUGGCUGGAGGAACGCAGAUAGGACAGCGGCGCUCCAUAUGGCGCUAGGUGGAUGGCAGUUGGUCGUGGCGAUGAUCGAAAGUACGUUCAUCCGCAUCUUCAGCGAAUACGGACGUCUAGUAGGUAUGCUUGAGCGAGGCGAGUACGGCGUGAUAGGUAUGUCCUUUGACUGGUUUACGAACCGUGCUGGGGAUGGCCCAAGGCGAGAAGAGAACAAGAACCGCCUGCAGCGGGUAGCCUUGUGGAUCUUGAUCUUGGCGAUAUGGUGCGGCAUGUAGGUUACCGUAGAUAGAAGUUGGUAGAUCCAAUGUGUCCGAGUCAGAGUCGACGACUGGCAGCAGGUCUGGGUGUGGAGCGGCGAACGCGU